GCCCAGACAGAAAGACACAAAGGAGGAGGAGAUGUGUGAUUCUCAGACGGCGCUGGUCCAAGACUGCAGUCCCUCUUCAUCGCUCUCAUUUUCAUCUCUUGACCAUCCUUCCUUCCCUGGGACCACCUUGGCCUUGACCUGUGACCCUUCAGGGCCGCCCCUGAGCUCCUUAACCAAUCACAUGGCACAGUCUGACGGCUUGGCGUAUGGCCAGUCUCCAGGGCUCCAGGGGGUGGUCAGGAUGGGAUCGGACAGAAUGGCGGGGCAGAUCAUGGGAUAUUCAUACCUGCCCUACUCACCGUGCAUAAGUGGCCCCACCAGUGAUAGACAAAGAGGUCACGUGCUCCACCAGGAAUUCUCGCCCUUCAUACCCCCUCCUCCUCCCUCCCUGCUGCGCCCCUCGUCGUUGCAGAAGAAGAGCAUGAGCAAGGACAGCACGGAGUACCGGCUGCGGCGCGAGAGGAACAACAUCGCCGUGCGGAAGAGCCGCGACAAGGCCAAGCGGCGAGUGCAGCUCACGCAGCAGAGGGCCGUGCAGCUGCAGGAGGAGAACCACAAGCUGCAGCUCCUCAUCGGGCAGCUCACACAGGAACUGGACACUCUGAAGCAAAUCCUGUCACAGCGCCACCUUCAGCACAGGGAUGGUACCGCCACCGAGGAGGACAACUGCUGAUGGUGCUGCUGAAGGGCUCCAAUGGGACGCGAUCAGGUGUGACCUUGUGAAGGUCGUUGGCUUUUGCGGCUAAGAGUCUAAAGGGAGGAGGAUUGACUUCAUCUGCUUACCUUCACUGUAGUUCCACUUAAAAUAUCUGGGGUUUUGUGGCUUCCAUCAUUAUUUUCGCUGUGUACAGUAUUUGCUAUCCAGCAUAUUGAUGGACUGAGCGUUAAUGGAUUGAUUUUGGGAAUAUAACAAUAUCAACAACCCCGUGUCUUUCGAUUACAUUUUCCUUGCAUUUUCAAGCCCUUAUGUUGAUUAUUUUUUUUAUACAGCUGAUGCUUCUCUUCCAUUUUUUUUGUACUUCCCCAAAGCCAGCGUAUAAUCUGCAAAGCAAAAGUCUGCUGUGAAUUUUCAAAAAGAGUAAUAAAUGUACAGUUUUGGAACAA